CCCGUGACGUCACACGUAAACUGAAACGGCAAGAUGUCGGCCACCGUCAGAUUAAUUGAAAUGCACUGGAUUUUGUGAAUUACACUCCACUGUUACAUUUUAGGAAGUAAACAUAUAUUUCUGUGUUAAGUUUAUUAAUUAAUAAAUCUUGCUGGAUAUAAAAUAAUUGGAUGAUAGUGUGGAAAAUACCGUAAAUCGCGAAUUUUUGUCUUGCAAAAGAAAUCUUCGUAACAAGCACCCUGUCAAAAUUUUGUUAUCGUAUCUUUUAUGAUUUUAAUUCAAAAGGUUACUUCAUAAACUGCGUUAUGUCAAUAUUUUUUAUGUUAAAUUAACUUUAAAAGUGAAAUAAUAUGUGAUUUUACAAAAAAAAUAUCAGAAGUUUGAAUGAGUAAUGUCUUGAUUCUAAAGAUCAAAGACGCCGCAGGAACAUCAAAGGGAUGCACCGACGCUAAUACAAUAAUGCAAUUGUGAGGAAUUAUUAUAAAUUAAUUUCUUUCAUCAAUGGUUUGAUUGCAUUUUUUGUGAUCAUUAAAACAAAAGUAUGAAUACUUACUGAGUGCAAAAUGAAUGUUUUGCAGAUUUGUGUAUUUCACACAUUUCUGACAAUUCUUCUGAUCUUCCAAAACGAAAUCCCUCUGACCCAGGCAUGCUCAUCUGGCUGCACGUGCACCACAAUACCCGAAAAAAGUGAGAAUUCAGCGGAAGGUGAUGAUGCUGCAGGUGAUGCUGAAGGACCCGAGGCGGAUGAACUGGGCAUGCCUCAAGAUACAAAGGGUCGGAAGGUUGAUUGCUCCAAUAACCCAUAUAGGUUUAGUUCUGUUGAGGAUUUAAACAGGGCCAUUACUAUUCCCUUGGAUACAAUUUAUUUGGAUUUAAGCAAGAAUGAGAUAACUGUGUUAAGGAAAGAAAGUUUCAGUCAGCUGUCAGAUCUUCAAAGACUGGACUUGAGCCAUAACAGGAUAACUUUGAUAGAACCUGGAUCAUUUGAGGGACUGUCUCAACUUAGAAGAUUGGAUUUAUCAAACAACAACCUCGGCAGCAUCAAUGGAAGUAUAUUCUCUGGUUUACCAAAUCUACAAAAAUUAAUGUUAUCAUAUAACAAGUUGAAUACAAUACCUGAUGGAACAUUCAAUGAUCUUCCAGCUCUCAGACGACUGGAUUUCCAGUCCGAUUAUUUACGAUGUGAUUGUCAUUUAAAGUGGAUUGUAAAAUGGACCAAGUACAAAAAGGUCAAGAUCAAAUCCAGCACUACAUGUGCAGUACCAAAAGAGUUGAAGGGUUCAUCGUUAAAGAGGUUGAAACAGAAGGAUCUCCAUUGUGAUCGUCCGUUAGAACUGCCUCUGUUUGAGAUUAAGCCUGGGAUGAGUCAGAUCGUGUUUGAAGGAGACAAGCUUCCGUUUGAUUGUCAAGCAUCGGUUGUUGACCCAAACACCAAGAUGUUCUGGUUACGUCGUGGGGCAGUUGUGGAGACGAAUCGUUCUCAGGGGAUAUUUAUACACACUCGUAAGACACCGGACAACACGGUGAUGAUGCAUUCUCUAGUACUGGAGGAUCUCAAGUCUCCGCAGAGUGGCAAGUGGUUGUGUCUCGUCUCCACACCUCAGGGCAAUGUCACAAAGACCGUCACAAUCGUUGUGAUUGACAGCAAUGCUCCACAGUGUGAGAAAAACACCACCAAGACAAACAAAGGUGUUUAUAUAUGGGAGGCAACGGUUGCCGGAGUAAUAAAAGAAUUGCCAUGUAAACUAGGAGAUGGUAUGAUCACCCAUUUAUGUGACAAGCAGGGAAGAUGGACAAAUCUAAAUCAUACGGCAUGUGGCUUCACCAAUGAACUUACUAGAAAGUUACAAAGUCUUGCUGAGAAGGACACAAAUUCGUCCAAGAUAUUAAAUGAUGCGAAGAAUCUAGAGAAGCUUGUAUCUGCUCCACUGGUCAACGAGGAGGACCCCCUGUCCACCAUUAAUCCGGAGUAUGUUGACCUUGCGUCUAUGGCUAUAUAUAGACUUUGUCAGCGAGCUUCACUUGGAGAGGAGAUUGUAAGGUCAGUGUUGUCAAGCACCAGUAAAAUAAUGAACAUCAGCACUAGUAUAUUAUAUGAGGCACAGAAACAGAGAAAAUCUCUCUCUAGAAUCUCUAAGGCCAUUGAGAGCAUACCAGGACAGUAUCGGAAAGAGGACAAGUUCAGUCAGUCAGCAGAGUUCAUCGUCAUGGAAGCAAGGUCAUAUGCUGCAAGCGAGUUCAAAGGAGUACAGUGCAGUGGACUGGACCUCACAUAUGAUGAGACUGCUCAUAGAUUGAUACAGUCUGUGACUCGUAUAGUGUUUGUGUGUAGUGAACCAGUCAACAAUACUUCAAAUUAUGAAUAUCUGAAAUGGGAACCAUUGACCUCUGUUUUAAUUCCAAAGUCAGUUGUAAAACUACCACCACAACCAGAGAAGAAGGAGAUAGGCAACCAGACAACAACAACAACUACUACAGCAGCACCUGGCCCCGACAGUAGUAUAUACUUCCAGUUUAUAUGGUACCAGAAUGCUAACCUGUUCCCUGUUGCUAAUGGACGGCACGAGGACCCCGUGCUUCAUGGGAAAUCCUGGAACGUUAUCAGCUCAGUGAUUUCUCUAUCCAUGUGUAAGUAAAUGUUGUUUGGUUGUUGUUUUU